UAAAGAAUGAGGGUGCUGUCAGUUGGCUGUGUCUUGGGUUUGUGUGUGUAGGAGACGCAGGACAUGUGCGGUAUUAGGAUGUUAUUCUCAGCUGCCUCCUUGCUGCUAAGCACCGGCCCAGUCUCCUGAAGGAUUAAGAGGCUCGCAACACAGACACUUUCAGGCUGGAGUGGACCAGAGCACAGCCAUCCAGAGCCCCCAGCUCAACACGAACUGAUAUUCUCUGAAAGCCCAGCGACACAGAUGUAGACUGGAGAGGGGAAGACGGGGGGGCUGCACCGCAAGUCUUUCUGAAGGGAGAAAAGGAGAGAGAGGAGCGCAGACUCACUAUUCUGCAGCGUGAAGGGAUGUGAUAAAACCAGCACAUCUGACUGAAUCCAUACAAAAGGGAGAAAAAAGGACUGGAGGACGAGGGCGAGCAUGGGGCACCUCUUGGCUACCUUGUUCACUGUGAUGAGGAACUUCACAGAGAGUAACUUCCAACCCUCGGCAAUGUUUGAGCUCUCAGAAUCUACUGACACUGAGGGUGUCAGCACCGACAGCACCUUGGGGACCUCAGUCACCACAUGUAAGAAGGUGCUGUGUAAUAACAGUCUGCUGGAUUCCACAGAAUACUGGCUUCAUAAUGAUAAAGUCCUCAGCAGGAUCAGUUUUCUCGAUGACAAAAGUGAAAACAGUUGCACCAUGAUCUGCUUUGUAAAUUUGGACCGGCACAGAGUGGAUAAACAUGAUGACAGCUGCAUCAAGAAACUGGCCUCUGUGUCUCCAAACUUGCCCAAACUCAUUGAUUCCCUCAGUGUAAACCAGCCAAAGGAGAAUGAAAUCCUUCUUCUCAGUGGACUGGAAUCUCCCAGCUCUGGCUCGCUGGACCCUGUUUACCACCAGAACCCAUGUGUAGGGAUUUGUCUGGUCCAGCAUGGGGGAAGACAGCAAAGUCCUCAGCCUAGUAGCAUUGUCUUUGAAGUUAAUAAAUUCCUGAUUGGCUUGGAGAGCCAGGAGAAACAGCCCCACAGCCAACUGGCAGGUCAACGUGUUGAGGAUGACACCAAUCGCUCCCUGUCCUCCAUCGAGGAUGACUUCCUGACAGCGUCAGAGUACUUUGACAGUGAAGAAGACGCAGUCCGAAAUGAUGCAGAGAGUGCUGAUGCUGCAGAGGCCUUUCCCCCUGAGGAGCGUGGAAACAGGCUAAGGGGUCACAGAAGACGUCUAAGUGAACAUGAGAGAAGUGAGGACUCAGAGGUGACCAUUCGUGCCUCUUCUCCGAUGAUUGACAGGACCUGUUCAUGUGGACCAUUGCCACCAAGAGCAGGCUACAGUAACCAGACAGAGUGUGGUAUGCACUAUGCCGCCAAUGUAACAGAGACUGUACUCCAGGAUGCAUUUAUGUGCUUGUCCCAGAACAAGACAAUGCUUGCCACCCAAGCAGCUUUAAGUGUACAAAGCCAUCCUAUCUCUGAAGAGCUUCCUCGGACACGAACUUGCUCCUUUGAGCUUCCGAAAAUUGUUAUUGUUCAGAGUCCUGAUAAUCAUGAGGAAACAGCAGAAUGGCCAGAGACAAUGCCCUCCCACAAUAUUUCAGAUCAGGAGGACUCUUGGAAUAGUCCUCGACUGCUUGAGCACAGACCUGAGACUUGUGGUUUCCUGCCAGCAGGACACAACCCAAAACCUGUUGAACUGGCCCUGGCUUGUGCUGCUAAUGUCAUCGGAACCAUUUCCAGUCCCCAGAUGACUGAGCAGCUGACACUUGAACCAAGACCAGUAAAUGAGAUUGACGAGAAGAAGAACCACGAUGUUGACUACUCCGUUUCCUCUGCACUCUGUGGCAUGGCACAGUUAGCAGGGGCCUUUGCCGUUGUUGAUUUGGCUGAGGAGACUAGUUUGCAUGGUAAGAGAAGUGAUCCAGGGGAUAUAUACUGCCCAUCUGCUGGACUCCUUUCUGCAGCCCAGGCUUUCACUGCUGUCACCCUACACUGCAGUGUUGCUGAGGGGACCAGUAUUGAAGCAUCUCGCACAAGUAUUGCCAAGGUACUCAUCAGAGAGGCAUUAGGUGUACUCAGUAAACCAGAGGAUCAGAGUGUCAGGGACUUCCUGGAAUCUAUCAGCUGUAAAAUUGUGAAUGGAAUCACACAUCCUAAGAUCCCUUGUUCAGACAAAGAUGAGGUGGAGGAGUUUACGCAUGUGAUUGCAGAAGAUCUUUUUAAGUAUGCUUUGGAGAAAGCUAUGAAAAGGAGAGAACUCGAAGGCUCCGGCAAAGUUCCCAGUACAGAAGGCUUUCUGCUGGAGAGUGUGAGCAAAUUGUUAUUUGAUGUUCUUUGUAUCACAUCAAAGAAAGUCUGUGACAUUUCCAAAUCAAAUAAUAGGUCUGUUGAUAGACAAGAGGGUGAAGACAGUACCGGAGUAUUUGACGCUGUCACUGAUCCAGGCGGGAGGCUAUUUAGCCAAUUACAGAGUCUUACCACAUGUGGUCACCCAGAUAACAGAGAAAAUGAGAAUUUGUUUCAGUGCACAGAUUCAACAUUGAUUGUCAGUGAAACAAAUGAGGAGAAACAUGUAGAAGAAGAGCAGGCAACAGAUUUGCCAGACUCAUUCAGUACAGCAAGAUUUAAGUAUCAGACUACAGCUGCUUCUAUUAAAGACAGUUCAUACCUCCAAACUCAGAAUAGUUCAAAAGAGAAUGAUUUAACUGUGUUCUCUUCUGAUCUUAAGCAGUCUUCAACAGAAAUUUCAACCCAUAAUUGUACAAUGACUAGUACUGAGAAGCACAAAAGCAGAACAGUGAGAGACUGGGAACACAAGUCAUCUGCAUUGUCCCCUCAGGUGACCCCUCAACAAUCCUUGUCAGUAUCAGGGAUUGGAGUUAUGAUGAAGAUGGACACAGACUCUAGAUCACCAGUAUCUAACUUUGCAGAUGACCUGGCCACUACUGUGGUUUCCAUGGCUACAGAACUGGCAGCAAUUUGUCUGGAGAACUCAAGUGGAAAGCAACCCUGGUUCUGUGCCCUCAAAAAUGGGGUUGGUGAAGGUGCAGAAAGUUACUUACUACCUUGUCGCACAACAAUGAGGAGAAAAGAACCACAGUGUGGUUCAACAGCGACCAAAAAGCACCGACCACCAAGACUCAGUGAGAUCAAACGCAAGACAGAGGAACAACCAGAGCUGAUGGAGAGGCUGGUGAACCGAGUAGUGGAUGAGUCAGGGAUCCCAGAUGAGCCCACUGACCCAUUUGCUAAGUUUGCCUCGGAGGUCACUGCUAAGAUCAUGAACUGUCCUGAACUCAGUGUGGUAGAUACCUCCAAACCAGGUCAGCCUAGGAAUCGACUUCAAUGCACAGCUGGGGAGCGUUGGAGCCGGGGAAAGGCUGCAAGCUAUGAGAGUAUCCCAGAAGAGGAUGCUGACACAUCCAACUUGUCACACACUCUGGGCCCAGGAAGCCGACUAGGACAGAACUUGAGUCGGGGUAGUUCUAUUUCAAAGCAGUCGAGCUGUGAAAGCAUAACAGAUGAGUUUUCCAGGUUUAUGGUGAAUCAGAUGGAAAAUGAAGGUCGGGGCUUUGACCUGUUGCUAGACUAUUAUGCAGGAAAGAAUGCCAGCAGCAUUCUGAGUGCAGCCAUGCAACAGGUGGUCACAAAGAAGAAUGGCCAUCUAAAUGUGAGGUCUACUUGCCUCUCAAAACAGUCAAGUACAGAAAGCAUCACUGAGGAAUUCUAUAGGUUCAUGCUCAAGGAUAUGGACAAGGAGAAUAAAGACUAUAACUUGUCCAAAACAAAAGAAUGGAGCAACAGUCUCUUGCCUCCAUCUCCCAGGACGCCUUUUUGCUUCCGUCAGUCAUCUGUGCCAGAUCGCCGUUCAUCUGACUCGAGGCUCACUGUAAACUCCCCAAUCAAAGCUAACUCAUUUGAUGGCUUUGCCCGAAAUCUGCAUGGAGACACUCUUAAUAUCUACCCUACCAACACUGUGUCCACAACAGGCCUUUGUAAGUCAGACUCCUGCUUGUAUCAAAGGGGCCAAACAGACCAGAUUACAGAUAUACUCAUUCAUGAGACCUGGUCAAGCUCUAUUGAAUCCCUAAUGCGCAAGAACAAGAUCAUUGUGGACCUGGAGGACAGUGUGGACUUGGAUGUCCCAGGUGACCUACAACCACACGUUGAGCUGUUUGCCAACCGCCUGGCAGCUGAUAUUGUCGAAAGUGGAAAGUCAGUGCUUGGGGGCCCACAGGAGGCCUCGUCUGGACAGCAACCUCGUCCAGUGGGGGAGAGGAGAAGAGGCUUCAAACAAUCACGGCCAUGUUGGAGCAGCAACAGGAGUCAGGACCAGCCAUCUAAAACUAUGGGAAGGGACACUGCCUGCACAAGUUCCUCAUCACAACAGUCCAGGAAAGUGCCUCUCAUUCAGAUUGAGGGAGAUCACAGGGGCAUUUUAACAGAAGACACAAAGACUAAAGGCCAGCCCAGAGAGUUGCCCCAAGAAACCUCUACUCAGAAGAGCACUGAAUCAAUGAGCUGCUCCAGCAGUGAGAGUGACAGGGCCGCAGUGUCCACAGUAGGUGAACAGGAGCAGCUUGUUCUCAGUGCUAGCAGUGAGGAGAGCACGGGAAGUUGGUCCCACAUCGCACCCGAUGAAGACCCGCACGAGGAGACCAGUAGCUAUAUCCAACUAAGCGAGGGAAAUGGGAACAGCAGCGCAUCAAGUCUGGGCAUGGCAGACCUGGAAGCAUUCUCAGACAUUAUUACCCCAACCGCACUUGUCAGUAAAGAUGUUGAGAAGAAGGAUUCCCCGAAGAGCAGCCAAGAGAACAUAGAUGAGGGCACUUCUGGUCUGUCAGUAGGAUGCAACAGCAGUCACAGGGAGCUUCUGAUAAUGAACUUUGAUUUGGAUCCCGAUUCUGUGGACUCUGAGCUGCGAGCAACCUUGCAAUGGAUUGCUGCGUCUGAACUAGGUGUCCCAACCAUCUAUUUUAGGAAGUCUCAAGUAAAGAGGGUGGAUAAGUUUCUGGAGGUUGUGCAACUGGUGGCCCAAAAAGGGUGGAGGGUUGGUGACCUGUUUCAUGCUGUGGUGCAGUUCUAUAAACUACGAGAAGAGAAAGAAGACUCCAUAUCCAGCUUGUUCGACUGGCUGCUGGCCACAAAAUAGAUCCUGCACAUUCAUUGCAGUCCAAACCCAUCUUCUCUUCUCUCUUCUCUUCUCUUCUCUUCUCUUUUCUCUUCUCUUCUCUUCUCUUCUCUUCUCUUCUCUUCAGCCACCACCCCAUCACACCCACAAAUUGUUCCUGUCCUGUAGUGGAAGCCACUAAACCUGCUGAUGUUUGUGUUUCAGGAUACAAUUUGUCAUCAAUACUUAGAAUUUGUGACCUCACCUGGAAUCCAGCAGCACAAUCACCCUAAGCCAUCAUUUUCUGCCUUUCGGGUGAAUUGCACCCAGUUUAAAACAUAAAAGCAACGGCUUUCAGGAGCAAGAGACAUUAAUCCCUUUAAAAUAAGCAUGUUUCUCAGUUACACAUGAAAAGGAACAAAAAUAUAUAAUACAAAUAGCAACAUUUUAGGAUUAAAAAAACUAAAUGAUUUAAAACAAUUUAGCCUGCUAUUUUUACGGAUUAAAUUCUUCAAGUACUAGAUUACUUUUUCAUCUGAAACUCAGAUUACAUAGGUUUCAGCAGCCAUACCUAAUGCCCUGUUAUCUUGGGUUCCUGUAAGUUUAAAAUUGUGUUUAGUGGAAAAAGUGACUAGGGGAAAAAUAUAAUUCACAA